AUGGCUGACUCGGCGGCCACGAGCUCUCAGGGUGAUGACUCAAGACCUACGACACCAGUCGCUCGGGAAAGCAGUCGUGCUCAGACGUACCACUUCCAGUGGGAGUUGGCCUCCCGUCGCAAGGGCCCAGGGAGUGUGGUAUCCGAAACUACAGAAAGUCGAGCGGGGGAUGGGACACCUCCACGGACUGAUACGCUCUUUGAGAGCCUGGAUCACGGCUCGGCGACACCAUCGUUUCCUGCUUCAUGGAGUGCAAGCAGUCAAGGUUUCAAUGCCAUAUCCACCGUUCUCAACAACCCCAAAACCCGACCCAAUCCCCUCAAGUCCUCCAGAGCUCCCCAGCCUCCUGUUAAUUCACCCGAUCUCAAGAGAAUUAGAAGGAAAGACUUUGACCCAUACCUCAAAGCUAUUGGACCUGCAUGGCAACAAUUUGAGCGCAAUAAGAGUAUUAAUUCGAGCCCCGCGACGGCCUUUGGCGCGCCUACCCUUCCGUUAUCUCCCAGCUCGGACGGCCAUAAUGGGAUCUCUUCUGCCCAUUCUAUCAUGAGUGAUCCAUCCUCCUCUGACACUGGUCCUCGGUCUGCACUUCCUCCUCUCUCGGGAGUACCAUCUAUCUACUUCAAUCCCUCGUUUGAUCUGUCCGAUCCUCGUACCUUCGCUGCAGUGACUGAGCAGGAAAUGGGGGCGACUCAUCGAAGGACCUCAUCCUCUCCAACCGACGUUGCACUUAACCAUAUCCUUCAAGAAAAGCUUUCCCAUUAUAUGGACAUUGUUGAGCAACACCUGGUGCAGGAGAUCGCAAUCCGAAGUGUACCUUUCUUCGCGGCACUUUCAAACUUACAAGACCUUCAGACAGAAGGAGCAGCGUGCCUAUCGAGGAUAGCUCGACUCAAGGCACAACUACAAGACGUUAAUAAUUGCCAGGCUCGAAGGGGCCUGGAGGUUGUUCGACUCCAAAGCAAACGCGAUAACCUCCAACAACUUCAACGAGCUGUCAAGGAUAUACGUGAAGUGGGAGAAACAGUUGGAAUGGCAAAACGGCUAACAGACGAAGGCGAUCAUUUCGCAGCACUAGGGCUAAUUGAAACCGUGCAGUCACUCCUGGAGCGUAACAAAAACAUUGAGUCUUCGACUGGGUCCGAAGCCGCAACUGCGCUGCACACAUCACGGUACAAAAAUCAAGAGAGUGGUGAUGUGUUUUCACUGCCUACUGUGAUUGAAUCACCAAAUACUCCGAUCGCUAUGUUCUCUCAACAGAACGCCAAUGGAACCCUGUCACAGGAUCCCCAAACUCCCAGGUUGCAUCCUCCUUCAGAAACCCCUGUUGAUUUAUCUUCGCUGUCCUCUCUUUCUGACACGCCAGCUAAACUCGCAGAACUAAGGAAUAAUGUAUCACUGUCAUUACAGAGAGAUCUGUUGGCACUUCUUACUGAGGACCUUGUUGCUCAGACAAAGAGUUUAGAAUCCAGAGCUGUAUCUACUUCUAGCGAAAAUCUCCGAUCGGAGGCUUGGAAGGCUCAGCUUCAUGUUUUACUCGAUGGCUUGCUCAGAACUAGCGGGAUGGAGCGAGCAUUUGCUAGCUACAAGGAAGUCGCGCUUGCGCAAAUACGAUUAUUGGUACAAGCACAUCAGGCUAAUAGUAAAGGGCAUCUAAACGGUACUGAAAACGACCUUAACACGGCCUCCGAAGACAAUGUAGAAUUCGUAAAAAACAUGGAUCAUGGAGGAUUUAUGCGACUCGUGCGAAGCCUCUACUCUACUCUGUUGGAGAGCAUACGAACCACCCAAGAACAUGGCAUAUUGAUUCAAAAGGCGCUCCAAGACAUUACCGAGCAAAGUCAAAAGCAGAAUGAGCAUGUUGACCUUGGUGACGAAUGUUCCGCUGUAGUAUUCGCAGUUGCAGAGCUAGCAAGCGUUUGCUGCGCAAAACUUAUCAACGCACGGUCUGACCAAAACGUAGGGCUCCCAUGGCCUGACUUUCUAGAGCUGUACAACGAAACUUCCUCCUUCAACAUUGAAUGCGAGAUCUUGUGUCGCACGAUGAUUAUUGCAUUGCGCGGCGCCGCAAACUCUCAGGCGAAAGCGUAUUUAUCAGCCUUCCACUCCCAGCGCAUAUCUGAAUCCGCGAAACUUGUCGAAGAGGAGACGUGGUCAGCCGUCGACGUUACCCCCAAGUACCAACGAUUAGUUACAGUCCUGAUCGAAGCAGCAGUCAGCAAUCCGCCAGAGAUUCUAGCCCAGUCCCCUCACCCUGGUGCGCAGGGCGGGGAUGGAAUGGACAACGGACCUAAUCCAAAGCACGUUACAAUUGAAGACCAGCAAUUCUAUGUUGUCGGGGCAACUUUGCAGGCCAUUCGGUUAAUCAUCGAUUAUCUCAGUAUAAUCGCCAACCUACCACUAUUAACCAUUGAUGUGAUGCCCAAAAUAAUCGAGUUCCUGAAGGCAUUUAACUCUAGAACCUGUCAGGUGGUACUCGGCGCUGGAGCUCUACGAUCAGCAGGCCUCAAAAACAUAACUGCGAGGCAUCUCGCCUUAGCCUCGCAGUCGCUUACCGUUAUGGUAACCUUAAUCCCAUACGUACGAGAGACAUUCAGGCGACAUCUGAGCCCAAAACAGGCUGUCAUGCUCAUUGAAUUCGAUAAACUGAAGAGGGCAACCAAGCAGGAAAUUGAUUGGACCGUCCCGAACCCCAAGCCAGCCCCAAACGCAUAUAUGGAGGUGCUUGUAAAAGAGACGGCAACUUUGCACAAAGUUCUCACUCGGUAUCUCUCGGAACACGCUUCUGAGCUAAUCAUGAGUCAAGUAUUUGCUGCCAUCAACCAUCGGCUGUCAGAAGAAUACGGAAAGAUUGACCUCCCAAGUCAAGAAGCCAAAGACAGGCUGCUCCAGGACGCAAGAUACCUCCAUGGACGAUUGUCGGCGCUUCCUGGUGUCGGCGGACUGAGUUCAAUGCUGGAGACAGUUGUCAAUGAUAAGCGAGUGGCCGCCCCUGCCCCUCCUGAACCAACGAUCAACGCAGCUAAUCCGGCGCCCACGGCCCCUGCAAAACCUGCACGUCGCACCCUAUCAAGUAUUUUCGGGAAGGAUAGCAAGUUCGCUUCUAAAGCUCCAUCCAGCUCACCCACACCUACCUCGUCGGAAAAGCAUGAAUCGCUCCGCCCUGUAACGGAAGAGAAUACUGAAACUCCUCCCGAGAUCGCGGACACUCAUAACGCGGAUAUCAGCAUACCGGAGGCCAGCCUCCCAAGUACCGAUCCAAGCGCGCAUAUCGAGAGUGAACGUCCCAAAGGAGCAGAAGAAGAUACGACAGCGCUAACUGAGGCGAUGCAACCUACGUCGACAUCAAUGGCCUUGGAAGUUCCGGAUGACGGAAAAAAUGUUCUCCUUGCCGAUGAGACAAUCAGGGUUACGGCUUCAUCUCCUAGCACUGAGCAAUCCGGGCCUGUCGCCUUGAAAUCACAAAUAACUUCUAUGCAACCAGACGGCGAUCAACCAGCUCCACAAUAG